AGUGAGCAUCGGUGGAGCGUGAGCACAGGAAAGCAUUUCGAAGGACUAAAAUGAGCUUUUGUCUGUCGUCUGUCAUAAGAAAAAAAAUCCAAACGUUGUUUUCACAUAAGUUGACUGCGCCGCGUUCACAGAGGGAAGCAGCGUCCUGCUGCAGUGAGCUUUGAUUCACAGGAACUCUGACACGCAGCAACAAAAGAACAUUUGACACUGGGAAAACUGUCAGGAGACACAGUGAAACAUCAUGACUACGCUGCUGGACCUAAAAAGUAGUGUGCUGAGGCAGGUGCAGAGGAGCCAGUCACUAAGGAGCCGAAGGGAACCUCCUCCUCCGACUGCCAGCAGCCCCCUUACACACUGUCCUGACCCCUUACCUCGCAGGAUUUCAGAGGAGAGCGUGGAGUUCUUUGAGCGUAUGAAUGCCAUCCUGCAGAAACAGGAGAACAUGAUGCGGGCGGCCCAGGCGGAGUGCCAAAGAGGGGCCUGCACAGUUCCACCACCCCAAGAGCAUGUGGACCAGGCCUUUAUCCCCGACAGAAUCAGCAGGACAGAGCUGGACCUGCUUUAUGAGGAAGCUGUGUACACGGUGGUCAACAGGGUUGGAGUGCCCUCACCCGAACAUGUGAAAAGUGACGAUGAGCUCUUUGCUUACCUGCUGAAGGUUUUUGAUAUGGGUGAGGAAGAACAUGAAAUCAUUCUCCAGAAAGUUCAAGAAUCCAAGAGAGCCAAUUUUUCCUUGAGAGUUUCUGUUAUGAAAGCAAAGAAUCUAAUGGCCAAGGAUGCAAAUGGCUACAGUGACCCGUAUUGCAUGCUGGGCAUCCUCGUGGGCCAGAGCCCUCGGGAAACGGAGGAGAAGAAGGAGAGAAAGUUCAGCUUCAGAAAGAGGAAGGACAAGCUGGAGAAACGCUCCAGCACCAAGGAAGUGUUACCAGCCAGGUGUAUUCAGGUGACUGAGGUCAAACCUGAGACUCUGAACCCAGUGUGGGACGAGCACUUCGUGUUUGAAAUAGACGAUGUCCACAAUGACCUCUUACAUCUGGACAUAUGGGAUCACGAUGACGACGUAUCUGUUGCUGAGGCCUGCAAAAAGCUCAAUGAAGUCAGUGGACUUCGAGGAAUGGGCAGGUAUUUUAAGCAAAUAGCAAAGUCAGUGCGUGCGAAUGGAUCUGCAUCAUCGGGCUCUGAGGAGAAUGUAGAUGACUUCCUCGGAUGCAUCAAUAUUCCUUUGAAUGAAAUUCCCGUUAUGGGCUACGACACCUGGUUCAAGCUUGAGCCACGCUCGAGUGCAUCUAAAGUUCAGGGAGAAUGUCACCUGAUUCUGAAGCUCUUCACCAGCCAGAGAGACACAGCUUUGUCUAAGAAGGAGACAAAUGUCUCCAUUCACAAGAAACUGCUGAGUCAGAUUGUGGAGUAUGAGCAUGCUCAUGUCAAGCGAGAGCCGUACAACUGGAACGGGCAGGUUUCUCCUCCAGCAUGGACUGUGCUAACUCACCAUGCUGUGCAAACUGAUCUCUCACCUCUGCAACAGGCUAUUAUUCGCUGGCAGUGCUACAGCAGCCACCAUCGGACCCAGAGGGUGUGCUACUCCCUGCUGCUGCGCCUCCUGAGGACUAUCGAUGCAGAGUGGGACCCUCCCGCUGUGCGGGGAGACCUAGAGAGGCAGCUGUCAGACAGCUUCAGGCUGUACACAGAGCACUGCCUGUGCCUGAUGAAGAACAUGCGUCAGGUUUUCCCCUGCACCAGCGCUGCUGCCAUUACACGCUACGAGCUCAUGCUGAGGGGGAUUGGGUACAUGCAAAACAUGCGUGCCUUUAAGACUGUGUGUCCUCUUCGAAAUGACCUGCAUCUCGACAUCACUACUGCUAUCAAGAAAGGAACUGCUGAGUGGUACGAGAGCUUAAUCGCUCGAUAUAAACCAGAGGAAGGAACUCUGGAGGAACAGCUGAAGAAGCUGGUUCAGGUGAUUGAUGCUGUAUGUGCAGACGUCCAGAGGGCCCAGAACAUCUACAACAAACUUUUCUACAGUGCAGUGAAAGUAGAUUUCUUCAGCAUAUCAUACAGACUGUUGGAAAAGCAGGUAGCUGAUGAUGUGAACGUGGCGAUGGAGCGGGUGUGUGGGACUCUCGAGCAGGAGAGCUCCAGACUGACUCAGACAAUGGGAGAGACCAUCUUCGAGCUCUUCAUGUCCUUGAAAAUCCUCAAAGGCUUUCGAGAGUUUCUUCCUCUCAAGGAUGCUAAAAUGUUGGCCUUGACAGGUUUCCAUAACUGGUUCAAGUCCUCAAUUCACAAGUGGCUGCAGAUUGUUCACGACAGGUCCUGUGACAGGAUUCGCAAGGCAGUGGAAACAGAUAAGCUUGGACCUUUGCAGCAAGCCAAGCACAGUUCCUCAGCAGUUGAAGUGACAGCUUGCUUCAGCCAGGUACGCGAGAUCUGGGUCCAGCUGGCCUGGCCAGACUCUGCGGGGGCCUUCAUCUUUGUCACACGUUUGACAGACAAUUUCUGCAGUGAGGCCGUGUGCUACUCAGAGAUGAUAACGCACAAGAUUGAGAGGAACCAGCUGGGCCGAGACCACAAGAGUUUCACAGUGCAGCUCUGCAUCGCCCUGAACAAUAUAGAGCAUGUGCGUGUUUUCCUGGGUCACCUGCCCCGGGACCUGGACUGGCAGGGUGUGGAGCGCGCCAUGGAGGAAUCCUGCGGGGUGGAGGGGAAAGAGCAGGUUUACAAGGCUCUGAAUGGACAGCUGUUCAACAUGGACCUGGACCUGCAGAGAGAAGCUAAACGCCUCAUCACACUGCUCACUGACAAGAUGCUGCCUGAGCUGCGGAGGUACAUCCAGCACAUCAGCCUGUCUCCUGACUCCAUCAACAAUGAUGACGCUGUUUCCCCUCUCAUGAAGUACUUACAAGACACUAUGGUCAUCCUGACAGAAAACCUUGUAAAAGAAAAUCUAACCAGAGUUCUCCAGAGCAUGUGGGAGCUCCUCCUGCGGAUGAUCCUGGACACGGUCACUGAAAACAGGGGUGUCCAGGUGGAGUUUUACAACCGCUUCCAGUACACAGUAGAGACUCUGUUGCAGUUCUUUCAUGCUAGGGGCGAGGGUCUAUUCCUGGAAGACAUGAAGAGCGGAGACUACAAGGUCUUGGAUGAGGAGCUGAGGCUGAAUAAAUGUUCGUCCUUUGAGCUGAUUGAACAGUACUAUCUGGAGAAGAUUUCCCACCAGAAAACUCUCAAACAUACACGUUACGGUCGGAUCAGCGUGAAGUGCUACUAUGAUGCUCCAGAGCAGCGGCUGACAGUGGAGAUCCUGCAUGCUGCCGAUAUCAUUGCACUGGAUGCCAAUGGUCUGAGUGAUCCCUUCGUCAUAGUGGAGCUAUGUCCUCACCACCUCUUCCCUAUGGCCAAGAGUCAACGCACGCAAGUGAAGCUUAAGACGCUGCACCCAGUGUUUGAUGAGCUCUUUUACUUCCACGUGAGUCCUGAACAGUACAGGCACAGGUUUGCCUGUUUGACCUUUACUGUGAUGGACUACGAUUGGCUCUCCACCAACGACUUCGCUGGAGAAGCCGUCGCUCCUCUCAGCGACUUCUGCUGGCCGGGGAGACCGAACGCCUCAGCGGCUGGCAAGAGCGUCCAGCCUGUCAUUCUGCAUCUGUCUCGCAGUAAACCCAGCGAGAAGCCAAUCAUGGGGAUGCUGGAAGCUCGCGUCGGGGACCGGGAGGCUCAGGAGUUUGUCCGCAGGCUGAAAGAGAUUGAGAAGUCAAUGGAGGAAGAGUAAAGGGUGACAGCGCUGCCUGUGUUGGUGUUUUCUGACCACGUCUUGCGACAUGUGCUUUUGUACUGGUACAAUGUUUACACUAUUGAAAUAAUUUUUUCCCCUCCCUGAUGUAUUGUUUGUUCAGUAAUUAUACCAAAAUGAAAAGAAAAGGAAGACAGUGAAGCAUAUUUCCGUUUUCUUACUGAAUGAACGUCCUGUCACUGUGCAACUCGAUGCUGUCUCAGUUAAACUAUAUUUUAGAAUUCAGUGGAUAGCUGAUCCUAAAUGUUACUAGUCUAUAUUUUUUGUAAUGAGGUAAUCGUUAUCUUUGUUGUAUACUCUUUGAUAUGAUAGAUUUAACAUUUUAGAACUAUUUUGUGGAAGUAGCUUACACAUCGAAUAGUAAUUAGUCAAAGUCUAUACCUCAGAUAUGCUCAUUAGUUGAAGGGGAGUUUGACAUUCUUCAUGGACUUUGUGGAGAUAAAUUGUGGGAAGGACUAUUAAGAAAGUUAAAGCCUGAACCCGCAUUUAGUUUCCAUUUCAUAAGUGAAGUUUUAAAUAGAAAUUUGUAAUAGAACUCAUGAAAACAUAAUGCACAGCUUUGGGAAACUGCACCAGUCAUUCACUCAGCAGCAGCAGGAGGAGCAGCAGGGAAGCUUAACGUUCCCCUGAGGCACACGCCACAGCUCGGGUUCAUUCAACUUUUCAGAUUGCUCCUCACAAAGAUUGUGAUGGGUCAGUGAAGAGACCAAAGACAGUGCUACCUUAGUGCUGGAAAGAUCUAUCCUUUGAACUCCUUCCCGUAUUUUGUGCGACACCACUUUUUCAACUGACAGAUUAACUUUACAGACAUAGCGCCAGAAACAAAUGUAUCCUCCGUGUACAAAAGGUUGUGUUUGUGCAUUUAGUUGGAUGCUCAUUAAAAUAUGGACCAACUUUCAGAUUAUGAGGGCAUCAUAUGUGUAGGCAAUCCCUAACACUCAAUUUCAGACAGUUUUUUCUGCUUUUCGAUCUGACAUGAUGUCACUGAGAGGGAUAUCUAUAAUAUGGUCAUCUCAGCAUAGAAGCUUUCCCCAUCAGAUGUACAAAGCUUUUGUUUCCAAGAGGCAGCCAAUCAGUAGAAAGUUGGCAAAGUGAGAGGAGCUUAAAGAGCUUGUUCAUCCAGAGAUACUUUAAUAGAGUCCAAGAAUAAAGAUGCAGUUGAGAAAGAGUAUAAGAGGUUCCUGUUAAACAGACAGUUGGUUCAUUUAGACAGCAGAUAUCCCAAGGAGGAAAUAACUCCUAAUAACAUUUGUACUCCCGAAGUUCAGCGUUAUUAAGAAGUCUGGUUUAUGGUAGGGAGUGUUGUUGCAUUAAUGCGUCACACACGUCGACUUAUUAGUCACUUAUUAUUACGAUCUGAUAUCCGAGGCAGCGUGUUUGGGAGAUGGAGAGUUGAGCUUAUGAAAACAGCAACACUGAACUCGCUGCACAUUCAAAAUUCUAAUCUCGGAGUGAGCUAUCGAAAAGCACAGUCAGGAGAGCAAUGGUAAAAAGUGGUGUCCCUCUCUGUUACCUUAGUAAUGCUUUUAUCCACAUCUUCUCAAGUGUGGAAAAUCAUGCAAUCAAGCCCACUCACCACCAAAAGACUUUCACUGCAUCUGCAAAGCCACGGGGAAUUGCUUUUUUUUUUCAACCGAGUACAUGUGAAAUACUUAAUAACUAUUACUCUUUACUACUCUGCUAGCAUUUUAAUGGUUGGGGGAAUAUAUCCCCUGACAUCCUCAAAAAGUAAUACACUUUGUGACACAGUGUGUGGCCCUAAGCCCCGAUGAAAGAGGUUAAAAAAUAUUCAUUAGGUGAAACAGUAGUGUUCAGAAAGCCAUCAAACAUCACAAGAUCUCCAUUGAUCAAAUUUGAACUCCUACUCAUCGUAGUCCUUUUGCGAGGAAAAGAAAUUAACAUUAUGUCAUGUUCUGAAGUUUAAUCUCUUGAGGUCAAAAGAAAAUAAGGUUAAUGAACCUGCGCAGUGGCUUAAUUAUACUUAAGGGGUAAAGAAAGCCCUCCUUACCAGCAGCUGCUCUCGUAUGGCUGACAGAAAUAACACUAGCCAGUCUCUCAAAGCUGUGCCAGUAACUGAGAGGUUAGGAUGUUAAGAUGAGGGUUAAACCACACCCAGAAAUCCAGCCACUGUUUAUCUUGUUAACCACAUGGGAUUGUUGUUAUAUUGUUAUGCAACUUAAAGAUUAACAAACCGUUUUAUUAAAAAAAAAAAAAAAACGCAAAUAUUUCAAUAUAAUAAUGGAGUAUUCUCAAUUUCACACUCAUUUAAUUCUAAAGGGCUCGUUUCCUAGGGAGGUUGAAAUAAAAAAUUAGCCAAUUAUGCUUUUAAAAAGAGGCUUUUUUAGUAAACCUCAUAUUUACUUUUAAAGGUGAGGUUGUGCAUUAAUGAGCUUAAUUUCAGGCUUUAGUGUUAGAGGUCUGGUGACAUUGAGAAUAAUAUCAACAACCCGAGCCAUCUUUCAGCAAACAAAAUUUUAAAAAAGGAACAAAACAUUGAAAACGAGCGCAGUACUUUGCAAAGAAAUCAGCCACCCCUCAUUUAUUUGACUUUUGCUAGGUACAUGGGAAAUACAUGCAGACAUUUGUUGAAACAUGUCCUAUCACACCUGGAAAAACAACAUAUUUUAAAAGUCAGUAUUCGCUAUGACCACCUUUAUUCUUCGACACAAACCAAAUUCUCUUAGACAGCUUUCUUGUUUUUUCUUUAAGUAGUCUUCUGGAAUAGUUCUCCAGGUUUCUUGAAAUAUAUUCAAGGCUUUUUGUUCUUUUCUCUGUCAAAAUGCUAAGGUCUGACUCAACACUAAUUCCACACCUUGAGUUAUGAGCCUUUUUUAUGCUUGAAUGGGUCAGUUUAUAGGUUCAUAGUGUUAAGUGUUAAGUGGCUUAGCAAACAAGCAGCCAAUGUCAAAAGAAAAAAUCAGAAAGAUCAUCAGAAAGGCUGGAGAACUAUUGCUCAAGAUCACUUGAGUCUGCAAGGAAGGAAAAUAAAAACAAGUGAGGGGUGGUUCAAGAGUUCUGCUGAGUACUGUACCUUUAAUUAUUUUCAUUGACAACCAGAACUUUUAAAUUGGAGGUUUAAUGCUUUAUUUUUCUAGGAAGUUGCCCCUAAUAUCAAAAAUGUAGCUUAAGGUUUACAGUUGUAAUGCACUAGAAACUCUGAACAGUCAUCUGCUGUUGGAAAAGCUACUUUCAGCUGCUCCCUUGGUACAAGGGGUCGCCACAGCGGGUAGCUCUGCAUGUUUGAUCUGGCAGAGUGUUUUAUGCCGGUUGCCCUUCCUGACGUGACCCCAGAGGGGAUUUGAGACCUAUGUUAAAAGCAUUUAAAAAAACAGGAAUACAGUCAGGGUAUUGGGAAGUAUUAAAAUCGCAGUUCUAAUUACGAAUGGCACCUUUUUUAGACGAGACAGCGGGAUCACAGAGUCGUAACAGAGGUGUAGUGAAGAAACACUGAAAAACACUGUAGCAAGUAGCAAGUACUUAGCACCAAAAUCUUCACACCGACAGCAUUUUGAUAGUGAUGUAACUUUACAGUAGCUGCUUGUGUAGUGCUUUGUCGUUAACCUGUGGAGUCGUGAGGAUGAAGCACCCAAAAAACCAUAUCUAUGCCUGGAGAGUGUGCUGCAUUUACAGGCAUUGUUAAAGCGUUCGAUAAGCCUGCCUUACAAACAGGAGCUGGGAAUGCUUUCAGUCCAUCUGAAUAGCACUUGCCUUUACAUUUAGUUCUUAGGAUAUUUCAGGUAGAAUAGUGUUGGCGUUGUUGCAGAAAAAAAAAAUCACCCAGCAUCUCCACUGUUAAGUCUGCAGGUUUUCAUAGGCGUGAUAAAAGGAUGUAACUGUGAUAUUUGAGUGAGUACCAGUGUUGCGAUUAUAUUUUCUCUGUAUUAUUUUCCAACCAGUUCUUCUGGCCAAAUGUUUACAAAGAAAAAUGCAACCUCAUUUUGAGCGUAAGCAACUAUUUUAAAGUCAGAUAUUAUAAGAUAAAUCUUAUAUUGUAGGAUCAACAUGCAGGAGUAAGUUGCAUAUUUACAGUCAAAUUAAAACUAACACUGACGAUUUUAAAUUUAAAAAAAAGAAGCAAAAACUUUUUUUUUCCAGAAUGCAGUUGAAGAAAGUAACUAUAUUUUCCAGUUAUUAAAGAUUUGUCUAUACUCAGUCACAGUUUUGUAAAUUUCCUAACGUUGCCCUUAGACAGGCAGAUCCGGUCAGUAUUAUUAUGGAUUUGUUGUGCUGAUUAUUCAGAAGCAAAGGAAACAUUUUGGUCGUUAAAUGUUCAGUUAAGUCAAAGUGUUAACAUAGUGUUUGGUUCAUUGAAAACGAUGUAAAAUGUUUAGUUCUGAAUAUACAGGAAAUGUGGCAAAGGACAUCAGACUGUGAAUCAACACACCGUCAUUAUGACCUAGUGUCACGGCUGCCAGUGACUCAUUUUAUUUAACUAUUAUGUGAUAUGUUGCUGAGUUGAGCACCUUCUUUGGAUGUUUAGAUUCAAAGGCACUGCUGGUGAAAAGUAUCUGCAAGAGGCAAAACUCUUUCAAUUUGUUAUUGUGAAAGUGAAUUAUUUGUCCUUGAAUUGUAAAUGCCUGUGUUGCUGUUUAUUGGAUUAUACCUUUGGGAAAUGUCUACAUACCCAAUAAAGAUUGUAUUUAACUUUAAA